AAUUAAUUAGCCUGCGAGGCUCUCCAGCUGGCUACAUUCAGAAAGUAUCAGCUCUGCUCCCUUCUGGAGGACUUUUGCUGCCUCUGAUGGCAUGCAGAGAGUGUCAGAAGCAUUGAAAUCCAUGCAGAGAUUCGAAUGUGAGCUUCACAAUGCCGGAGCUAGGGUUUCAGGAUCGGAGAUCGAUGAGAUCGGGUUACAGAGCACGAGAGGCAAGUCCUGACUCCGUUACCUUUACUCCUGAGUCCAAUUUUAGUUUAUUUUCUUCUGCUUCAGCUAGUGUUGACCGCUGCUCUUUUGGAUCUGAUGCUCACGAUCACGACUCUCUCGCCUCUGAAAUCUCCCUGCAUUUGGUAGGACAAGAUCGUGAGCAGGAGAGUUCAAGUGGUGGUCCAGAUCCACAUCCAGAUCCAAACAAAACAGCGACACCAAACAAUAAGCAGACUCGUCGUCUCAGUAGAAAAGCUGAAAAAGUGAAAGUUCAAAAAGACCACAGCUAUGCUACUGUAGAAGACGAUAACAGACCCUUAGAUUCAGCCAGAAAUUCCUUCUCUCAAUCUCUCAAAGAUUGUCAGGAGAGGAGAUCCAGAGCUGAAGCUAUACCGAAAAAAGUGGACAAGAGAAGACCUGCUUCAUUAGAUCUAAAUAAUGCUAACAUUUCUUCUCCACGCAUGGGGACCAUGAGAAAAAGUUCUAAUUUGUCAGGCAAAUCUGGUACAUUUCCUAGCCCAGGAACUCCAAAUUAUAGGCACACUAGUGUUGGAAUGCAGAAAGGUUGGAACUCAGAGCGGGUGCCACUGCAUCCAAGUGGGAAUAGAAGGCAAGUGAAUGCUGCAUUGUUUCCUUUCAAUAAUGGAAGGGCAUUGCCUUCAAAAUGGGAAGAUGCUGAGAGGUGGAUACUUAGUCCUGUUGCCAGUGAUGGUGUUGCUAGACAAUCAUAUGUACAUCCUCAGAGACAGCCUAAAUCGAAGAGUGGGCCCCUUGGCCCUGCUGGGAGUGCAUAUUACUCAUUGCAUUCACCUGCAAUUCUGAUGUUUGAUGGGGCGCCUUUAGGGAACAUAAUGGUGGGUUCCCCAUUUUCAGCUGCUGUAUUAGCUGCUGAUCGCUUAGCGGUCCAUUCUGGUGGACAUGGUGGAGUAUUUCCUGUAAGGAUGGAGCCUUGCAUGGCUCGCUCAGCUAGUGUGCAUGGGUGCUCUGAGGUGCUGAACCCACCAUCCUUGCGCUCACAAGAGGAAAAUAUUGAUGAGAUCAAGGAUGCUGCCACAGAUAUAUCUAGUACUAUUUCCAGAAGGGACAUGGCAACUCAGAUGAGCCCUGAUGGUAGCACUCACUCAUCUCCUGAAAGUCAGCCUUUCACCUCUGCUACAACUGCCUUACCAAUGUUGGAAAUCCAGAGUGUUCAUUCCUCAAAAUCAGCAGUAAGGGAUGUGCAGGUAGACGAAAGGGUCACGGUGACAAGGUGGUCCAAGAAAAAUCGAGCUCAGAUCCCUGGGAAGACCUCGGAAAUUGUUGAUGACUGGAGAAAGAAAUCUGUGGAUGCUCAAAUAUCAGCUUGGGGUAUUACAGAGUCUGCAAAGAGCAUUUCAAAGACAAAAAGAGAGGAGCUUAGAAUCACAGCGUGGGAGAAUCUGCAGCUGGCAAAAGCUGAGGCAGCAAUUAGGAAAUUAGAGAUGAAGCUGGAAAAAAAGCGGUCUUCAUCCAUGGAAAAGAUCAUGAACAAGCUGAAAUCAGCUCAAAAGAGAGCUCAAGAAAUGAGGGACUCAGUCUUAGCCAACCAGGACCAUCAAAUUACUAGGAGUACCCGUAAGGCCAUAACAUUCCGUAGAAACAGCCAGAUGGGUUCCUUGAGUGGUUGCUUUGCCUGUCACGCUUUCUAAUAUCAUCAAUCCAUGCGGCUCUCCGCUUUCACUAUGAUAGUUGCGAGGUAUAGGAUUAAUAGUGUAAAAGAGAUGACAAGUGGCCAACUACUACGUUGACGCCAAUUUGGCAUGGAUGCAACAGGUACUUGAUCUCUUCUUAGCUGCACAUGCUAUGGAUUCAAAGUGUUAGAAGAAAAGAAUUGACGAAUAAAGCAUGUAUGUAUGUAUUCUGCCGUGGAUGAUUGAGAAAUAUAUAAUGGCAUAUCAUUGACCUUCAACGAGAAAGGAACUUUGUUCCUUGAUUUUGAAGGCUAUUUGAAAACGUAUUUUAUUAUUAUAACUGGGUUACUUUCUUCCUCAA